AUGAAACGGAAAAACAGAUACAACACCCACCACAGCAACACCACACCAACACCAGAGCAACACCAGAGCAAUGUCAGAGCAACACCACAGGAACUUCACAGCAUCACGCGCCGCCAUGUGUCAAACCAUCCAGCCAGCCACUCUCCCCGCUCUCCCUACUCUCCCUACCUACCCCUAUACCUCCCUCCCACCACCCCCCCUUCUCCCUACUCGUACCCUGUGGACUCCCUACUCCCGUCAUUCAUCACCCUCCGCCUCUCCACAAUCCCCGCCUCUCUUUGCCUCGCCUCGCCUCGCCUCGCCUCGCCUUACCUCCCCGUCCGUCACUUCAGUUCACCCCUAACCAUUCCAUCAGCCACUCAGCCAUCACCACAACUGCCUCGCGACCUUUCCUGCCACUCAGUAAGCCUUCCUCACAGCCAGCAAGCCGCCAAGCCAGUACGCCAGCAAGCCAGCAAGCCAGCAAGCCACCACGCCCGCCAAACACCUCGUCAUCACGUUUAUCAAGAAAUUUGGUUCUCUGUCACAUUAAGACCAGUUCCAAGCCAGUUUACAGUCAAGCCACUCAAGCCUAAGCCAGUCAAGCCGCCUCAGAAGCUAGUCACUCAGUCUCUCCUUCCUGGUCGUUCAGUCAACACGCACCGCAACGAACCUUAUGAAGCACUGGCUCAACCCUUAAUGAACCGCCAUUCCAGCAUGCACAACCCUACCUUUCAAGAACCACACACCUCUUAUUACCUCACUCUUGCAUAUCAGAACCUAGCACCAUUCACACCAAGACAUGAAGACAUAAGAAACCACCACCUUCCUAUACCACACUCCUCCAUCACCUUCUAUCACGGCCUUCCUUCAGCCCGGCCACCUUCGCACCUUUCCAUCAGUCACCCCGCUGUCCCCGGCCCACCAACACCUGCCGUUGCAAUGGGGAGGCAGGCUGGUGAGGUCACUGCUGGCUGCCUCUACACCAAUAUCCCAAGUCCGCAAGACUCCCUUCAGCAGGUCCCCCCAAACACCCCACCCACUAGCCCACCAACCAGCCCACCAGCCCACCAGCACCAGCAGCCACCAGUCCCAAUACCCCAAUCACACAAAGCCUUCACCGCAAACUCUAAACAGAAUCUCAGCCAAUCCAGUCAGCCCGGUAGCCCCAGCAUCCCCCAGGGCCCAGUGGAGGUAGGGGAGAGGCUGCCGGGAUGGUGUGGCAGUCUUGUCUUGCGGGGGCUGUGGCUGUGUGGAGAAUCCCUCUCAUGCUAUUACUGGAACCAUGAAAACACCCUUGAAAACCCUAAUGACCUCCAGCAGAGUCUGUUCACAGUGACAGGUGGAUGCAUAUUCUGA